AUGUCCGAUUCAAAUAGCCAAAAUCAUCAACAAUUUAUUGAAAACGCUAAGAAAGACCGCCAAAUCUCCACAUCCUCUUCAUCCACAACCCCUCGAUCACCUCGAGCACCUCCCCUGAUUUCCAAAUUCCGCGGUGAACCGCCUCCGUCUUAUCCUUCGGUAAAGAGCGCUGACUCUCAUCGAAAGCCUCUUAAUGGCUCCGAAUGCCUCUUCGCUGCCACUGCUAGACCCAACCGGCCGUCCUUUUACGUAAUUCACCCCGAGUGGGCUAGUGAGGCGGCCGAUGUGUCCAGGCUAUCGCCACGCAUGACAGCCUCUGUCUCGACUACAAGGGAGGACGUUCGCAAACGCACCCCACGGGAGAUACAAGGAUCUUCAAUGACAUCAAGAGGAGAAGAGGUAAGGGGAAUCCUACCAGUGGAUAGAGGAGACGAAAGCAUGUUCUCAGUGGCACGCAGAGCGGCCGCGCAUAACCCUGUGUGGCCCCACCGUUGCAAGAGCUCACCACCCCAACGUUCUCGUGACCCUAUUGCUUGGGUGUAA